GCGCCACCUCCGGGCGCCAUCUAUAUCUGCCCACCACUAAUUAAUGAUAGGGCUGAGAAAGUCCGACAAGGCUUACUUCCCGCUGACGACAGAUGCUGCAAAUCAUAAAGGCGCCUCCAGGUACCUGGAUUCCUCCUCCAGGACUGCAAUUUUCGAGAUUCUAAUAUCAACAUGGGGCUUUUCAAACCCUCUAAAUCUCAGCAAGGACCGCUGCCGAACGUCGAACUUUAUCUCGCUCCUCAACGAGAGACAGUGUUCAAACCUAAUGAUGUUAUAUCUGGCCAUAUUGUGCUUUCGACACCCAUACCAGUGAUGCCGCAAGCGGUUGAAGUUACGCUGUGGGGCAAAUCGGAGACGUGGAUUCGUAAGAGCAGUUCGAGGGGCAACGGAUCGACUGCUACGACGGACUAUUACCAUUACCGCGACCACGCUCCUCUCUUCGAUGUUACUUUCAACGUAUUCCCGAAAGCUGAGACGCUGGUGCCUGGACAGGAGUACACUUUUCCGUUUAGUUUCCGGGUACCAGAGGGAACGGGAUUCAAUCGAUCGCAAUGCUACGAGCAGCCAGAUAACGCAAUCUGGACAGUGCAACCUCAUCACCUACCCCCUACUUUCUUCUUCGGGAGGGAGGAUUACCCUGAUAACAGCAAAAUAAGCUAUGGUGUUACAGCACGGCUAGUUGCACCAUUUCUCAUCGUUGGCAAAUCGCCAAAGAUCGAUCCACUAUCUUGCACAGCGCCUAUCCUGUUCCAGCCUCUGAAUCCAAACGCUCAUAUUCAAACCCCAAACCGUGUCCGCUAUUCUAAACGCUUUACUCUGCAAAGUUCCACCCUAACCGGUCAAGAUCCUGCAUCAAUCGGCUUUCGACAACGACUCCACGACCGCUUUUCCUCAGCGACACCCAUGUUAGAAUUUGAACUCGGUGUCGAACUACCAGAUAUCCUUACAUCAGGUUCCGAAUUCAACUUCCGAGCCACUUUUGCCGUAGUCAAGAAAAGCGACAAAGUGACACACAUUCCAUCAGUAACUUUCAAAGUCCUCAAACUUGAGCUCUUAGACUUCACACUCUUCCGCGCACCAAGAGACUGGGCAGCUUCUAACACGCUGAGAGGCUUGCCCUCGAAAUGCCAUGACGGUACACCACGAUCUUCAUACCGUGCUAGCGAGCAGACUGAAGUCAAAGAGCAGAAAACCUUUCUCAAUUCCAUUCCCCCCUCCCAGCUCGUCGAGCUAGCGGAAGUCGAUGUCCCGGGAGAGAAGAAGCAGAUAGAGCAAGCUGGGACGUGUGAGGCGUGGUUUUCGGGAAGAGUACCAGGCUUCACGCCGCCGAGCUUUAGGAGCUUCGCGAUUACGAGGAGCUAUAGAAUUAAGGUGAAAGUUGGGGCUGAGAUUGGAGGAAAGAUGUUUGAGAUGAAUUUUGAGGGUACGGAUUGUCCAUUGGGGAGUGUGCAUACGUAACUGGAAAAGGUUGGUAUGUAAGGUGUUUCGUGUUUUCAUUUCUGGUUGGUGUUAUGGGAAAGAUUAUUGGUGGUAUACCUGGCACGGCAAGGCGCUUUGGGUCUAAGGGCUCGAUCACAUCAUAGAGGUAGACUUUUCCAAUUGUAACACUUCGGUUCUAC